GUCUAGAGUAAUGCUUUUUUUCUUUCUACCUGCCCACCACCUGAAUUUUCCGCUUCUUCAGGGGAAUUGUGCAGCUCCAAGGGCAGCUGGGUGACCUUUCAUUUCCCUGCCUCACGUGGAGGCACCAGACCAAAAAGCUCCAAUUUGGGUGCAAAUUCAUAAGAGAUGAGAGAUCCAGGAGGAGGAAGAGAAGGCCGGGCAUAAGAGACGGGUUGGGUUGGGAGGAGGGGAGCCCAGCCCGACUUUGACGGGCUAGAGUCUUAACCUUAGGCUGGAAAGAAAGCGAAUUAGCCAGAGGUGUGACACCAUCAUCAAAGAAACCAGGUGCCUAAUUGGAUGGCAUUAAUGAGAGCCUCGUUUGGAACCUGACAGGGUAAUUAAUUCACUCUGCUGAGCAGUAAUUAGGCCUCUGUGGAGAAGAGCAACGAGCCAAGAGGCCCGGAGCCCGGAAAGACUGCCAGGGGCCAGAAUACGGAGGGCAGGGGGGUUUGGAAGGAAGUCUGGGAAGUUGGACUGUGACUACAAAAUGUACAGGGCAGAGGCACUGGGUGGCCAGGACCUGAGAGGGCCUGUUGGUAGAAAGCAGCAUUAGCCAUCCAAGGAAGUAGCCAGUUGCCUCUCCGUGGAUUUUGGGAGUCUCCUGGGCCUGGUUCCCAGUGGGGUUUUCCUGCUCAUGGAUUCGGUGGUCCUCAUUCAAAGCCAGCUAUCCCUCAGGCCUACGGCUCCGAGGGGGUACCCGAUCCAGGGAUUAAGAUGUUCAGUUGGGUGGAGAGAGUGGUCCCUCAGCCUCCAGGCACCUCCCAAAAGCCCAAGACGGAUGAGGCGGAGAUGUGGGAGCCCAGUUCGGCCGCACAACCGACAGCAGCUCCUGAAGACCCCGAGGCCUCAUCGGGGCCCCCAGGAGAGAAAUCCAGAUGUGCAGAAAUGCCUCCCAGCUGUAAGAGUCCCGAAGAGACGGAGAUUUUCCUGCUCUCGGACCCAGGCCGGAUGGCAGCGUUUCCAGUUAACAGUCCCGCAGGGUGGGUCCUGGACUGGUUGAUGAGGAGCCUGGGAAAAGUGGUGCCUCAGCCAAUCCACAGCCUGACGCCGCUCCGGUCUGUGGCCCCGAGCGGCGAGACCGGCAUCGACGUCCCCGAUCAGACUGAAGUCCAGAUCAUCCAGGAAGAGGAGGAGGAGAAGGAAGAGGUAGAAGAAGAGGGAGAGGAGAACAAAGAGCUUCCAGCUUCUGAAGUGCACAUCGAGUCUACCCCAUCUGCGGACAACUCCAGCGAUGCCCAAGACAGAGGGACCGGCCGUAAAAUCGUGGACUGGUUGGUGCAGAGGCUGGAUAAGAUGCUUCCUCAACCCGAGCCCUUGAAAAAGCCCGAGGAAGUGAGAAAAUCGCCUGAAGAAACAGCUGUGGUACAAGGUAAUUUUAGCCGAGUCCUGCCGCUCCGAGGAGAAGCAGAUGUCUGUUGGGAAAGACUAACAGCCAUUCCUGGGGCACCUCCGUUGCAGGAGACGCCCCCACCCCCAGCCCAGCCUACUCCGCCUGAGCUGAUUCAGCCUCUGACCCCGGAAAGCCAGUCGGACUCCUCUUCCCCUUCUCCACCCCAAGGGGUGGAUGGUGUCAGGGUUUUUAGGUGGCUGAAGCAGCAGCUGGAGAUGGUGAUCCCCCAGCCCGUCCUGAGGGUGAAGGAGGAGGAAGAGCAGCUCGGAGCACAGGCGGUGGAUGCGGCAGCCCUGUGCCCUGGGCGAUCUAGUAAGUAA